GUUACCACGAUCGGGCCUGAGCCCUUGCUGACGGGCGUGGACACGAACGGGCCCUGGAAGGGAGUGCUGUAUGGCUUCUGGCCUGCUCUCGUCCUUGUGCUGGGCAUGGUCGUGGUUCUCGCGAUCCUGAACGCGCGCUGGGCUUCGGAUGGUUCGUUGGGCUUUCAGGAACUGCAUGGAAGGACUGUGGUCGCAGGUGCCCGCUUGGAGUCGUUGGGCCUGCUGAUGUGGCGCCUUGCUUGCCUGAUGCUUUCGGUGGCGCCGCUGGUUCUCAGCGUCAGGCGGUACAAUGCCAAAGAGAAGGAGCCCCAUGAGAUUUUGCCCUUCUUCCUCUCCGGUGGUGUGGAGAUCUUGCUCGUGUACUUCACUCUUUGGCGCAAGCUUCGUCUAUGUCGUCUUCGGGUGGACUCCGACGACGCCUUCGGGACGUCGUGGCUGGUCUUCUGGGCAGUCUGGCUGCUGCUAUUGCCCUUUGCAUACUUGGCGAAGCGCAAGGCGGCAGUGGACAGCUUGCUGGAGCCGCUGUUGUUGUACAUGCACAAUGCCAACGUGAUCCUGCUCACUGGAGAGGCUCUUUUCUGUCAGUGGAGCUUGCGAGUUGAGCACUCCAUCUUCCCAGCGUAUGUUGUCCUUGCCUACACGGUCUGGAACUGGUGGCUUAAGACGAAGACCGGCCACUGGCUGUACUUCUUCAUGGACUACAACAGGCCAUCCAUGGUUCCAACGUUCCUCAUCCUUGUCGCGAUCGAGGUGGCAUCUUUCCGCGCUGGGGCAAGCUUGGCAGACCUCGGACAAUGA